AUGGAUUCAGUUGAUUUAUUGGCGGCCAACAAAAUAAAUGCUGACGAUGAAAUAGAUGAACCUCCACAGCCAAUCCGUGGUAAUAAAAUUUCUAAGAAAAACAAAAAAAAGAAUAAAAAUCAGCAAGAUUUGGAAGAUAAAUUUACAGCUGAUGAUGUCAAUACAGAAGAAAAUAUGAUUACACCACCACCAUCAGAUGAAGAAGAUAUCAAUAAACCAAUAAAAGUUACAACAGGGAAAUUGUCAAAAAAAAAAAACAAAAGGAAAAAAAAAUUUGAUUUGGAGGAUGAUGACGACGAUACAGAAUCAUUUGAAAAUAAUAUUGGUCAAGUCGAUCAUGAUUCUAAUUCUGAAGAUAAUAAACAACCUGUCUUGGACUUCGACAAUAACCAAGAAGCUGUAGAAGAUGUUGAUAAUACUGCUUAA